UCUGAAUAAUAAUAUUCUCAAUAUUUUUUACAUAUUCUGUUUGUUUAUUUACUGUUUGUUUACAACUUUAAACCAGUUUGCACUAAAUUCUGUGCAGUACUCUUGGCCAUCUGGUCUCACUACCAGUUGGAUUUAGUUUGUGAAAUCGGCGGAUCUGAGGUAGAAUUUUAUAUUAAAGGCUCGUAUUUACGGCUUUAUUUACAAGUGAAAUCUUUUUAAACAGUGAAAUAGUUAUUAACCCAUUGAUGCCAAAAGCGUCGUUUUUUGAUCCGUUCUAAAACUUUUAAAUUUGGAAGAUUUUCUUGUUUCUUUUAACUUUUUUCAAUAUUCUUAUUAAACUAAAUUCUUAUUUGAGCAGUGCAUAUUGGGUUAUAUUUUAUCUUUUUGUUCUUGCACUUUAUAUACUUUUAAUUUAGCAAGCGUGCACGUGUGUUGUUGUUCAUUGUGGUUUAUAUCGGUUCAGCAGUAUCCUCAAGCAAACUUAUUGCUCUCCUUAAGCAAACUUAUUGCUCAAGACCCUGCUGGAUCUACCCUAGCUCUGUUCAACCCCGAUCAGCGAAACAAAAAUUAGCAUGGAUAUAAUUGCUGCUAUUGCAGAGCAGCGAAGACAAGAUCUGCAAGAACUACAAAAUUUAAGAGAUCUUCAAGAUCUUCAAGAUCUUCAGGAUGUUCAAGAUUUAGUAAACCAGCCAAGAAGAGCUCCUAUCUGGAGAAGGAACAGGCUGGAUCCUUUUACAGAUAUUCAGAAUGAGAGGGAGUUUAAGGCAAGGUUUCGGUUCGACAGGCCGAACCUUCAUAAGGUUGUUGAGCUGGUCAAACCCUUCCUUGACCUUGGUGAUUCAAAUCGUGGACUGCCUAUUUCUGCCGAGCUGAUUGUUUGUUCAGCUUUGGAAAUGAUGGCCGGGGGCCAUUUUUAUUGGGUUGGUGGGUACACCUGUGGUACCGCCCUAAGUACAGCCUGGAAGAAUAUGAAGAGGUUCGUUAAUGCUCUCCUAACAGAUGAGGUGAGGAGAAGGUUUCUGUGCAUGCCAUCUUCAGAACAACAGAGAGAAAACAUCUCAGAAGUAUUCAAAAAGUACAAGUUAAACAACGUAAUUGGAGGUGUGGAUAGCAUCAAUGCACAAAUCAUUGGAGGAUUCGACAGGAGGAUCUAUGACAUCCUUCUAACUGCCCCUGGAUCUUUUCAUGAUGCGGCAGUCUGUAGCAUGUCGCAGGGAAAAGGUUGGUUGGAGACUAGAUUUCCCCAACGGUUUUUUCUCGGCGAAAGCGCCUAUCCUCAAACAGAGGUUAUGAUGACCCCUUACUCGGAGGAUUAG